CGUCUCUUGAUUUCCUUGUUUGCGGGGGAAACUCGACUUGAAUCUUUCUUUAUUUCUUCGUCUUGCUUUGGAAUUAUUUCUGCCUUGUCUAGGUUUUGCGAAAAGAAGAAGUCGUUCAUGAUGCAGUCUGCCGUGCUGAGACGAGCGGGCGCAAAGGGCCUGCGCAACUGCGGAUGCAGAGUCCCAAGAGCUUCAUUGGCGACGCUGGCGACAUUUCGACCUCCCACAAUCAAGAAUGAGCCCAACCAACACUAUGCCAAGGGCAGCCAGCAGCGAGAGGGGUUGACGGCGGCGGUAGAGAAGCUGCAGAGCAAGCUGCCUCUCGAAGUGCCAGUCGUUGUAGGAGGCCAGCAGAUCAAAACCUCGUCCCUCUCCAGACAGCUCAAUCCCUCGGACCACUCCAAGACGGUCGCCUCAUACCAUACCGCCACGCCCGCCGACGUCUCCAAGGCCAUUGACGCCGCGUUGGCCGCAAAGCCGGCAUGGGAGUCGCUCCCCUUUGCGGACCGCGCCGCCGUCUUCCUCAAGGCGGCCGACCUGGUGUCCGGCAAGUACCGCUACGACAUCAUGGCCGCCACGAUGCUCGGCCAGGGCAAAAACGCCUGGCAGGCCGAGAUCGACGCCGCCGCCGAGCUGGCAGACUUCUUCCGCUUCAACGUGCAGUACGCCCAGGAGCUGUACAGCCAGCAGCCCGAGCACCACUCGCCCGGCGUCUGGAACCGGCUCGAGUACCGCCCGCUCGAGGGCUUCGUCUAUGCCGUCAGCCCCUUCAACUUCACGGCCAUUGCCGGCAACCUGCCCGGUGCUCCGGCGCUCAUGGGCAACGUGGUUGUCUGGAAGCCCAGUGACUUUGCCAUUGCGUCCAACUGGCUCGUCUACAACAUCCUCCUCGAGGCCGGCCUGCCCAAGGACGUGAUCCAGUUUGUGCCCGGCAACCCCGUGGAGAUUACCAAGACAGUCCUGGAGCACAAGGAGUUUGCGGCUCUGCACUACACUGGCAGCACCGCCGUGUUCCGGAAGCUCUACGGCGCCAUUGGCGAGGGCGUUGCCGAGGGCAGAUACAGGUCGUACCCCAGGAUCGUGGGCGAGACCGGUGGCAAGAACUUCCACCUGAUUCACCCAUCUGCCGACAUUGAAAAUGCUGCGAUCCAGACAGUCCGCGGUGCCUUUGAGUACCAGGGACAAAAGUGCAGCGCUACGUCUCGCAUCUACGUUGCCAAGUCUGUCUGGCCUGAGUUCAAGGAGCGACUAGUCGCCGAGACCAAGAAGCUCACUCAGGGCGUGCCCUGGGACCACUCCAACUUCAUGGGCCCCGUGAUCCACGAGGCCUCUUUCAAGAAGCUCUCGGGCGCCAUCGACGAGGCCAAGAGCGACAAGGAUCUCGAGCUCGUCUUUGGCGGCACCUACGACUCGUCCAAGGGCUACUUUGUCCAGCCCACCAUCUACCAGGCCAUCAGCCCCUCUCACAAGUUCCUCUCCACCGAGUUCUUCGGCCCUAUCCUCACUGCGCACGUCUACGACGAUGCCGCGCCCGAUGCCUUUGCCAAGGUCUGCGAGCUGGUCGAUGGCACCUCCGAGUACGGCCUCACCGGAUCCGUCUUUGCCAACGACCGCGAGGCCGUGCGGUUCGCGGAAGAGAAGCUGCGCAACGCGGCAGGCAACUUUUACAUCAACUGCAAGAGCACCGGUGCCGUGGUCGGACAGCAGCCGUUUGGCGGUGCCAGGGCCAGUGGCACAGACGACAAAGCCGGCAGCCCGAACCUGCUGACGAGAUUUGUCAACAUUCGCUCAAUCAAGGAGGAGUUUGCGGCCACGACACAGGUGUCGUAUCCUAGCAACGAGGUUUAAGCCUGUCUGUCAACAUUUGUAUGAUGGAUUGGGGCACCGUAUAAGAGGGAUGUGAGCUUGAUGUAUGGCGUUGAUAUUUCUCUUUUUUUUCCCCUUCUAUAAUUCCUUUGCAUCUAGGGUAGGAUGCUGGCGUUGAGCGGCGAGAAUCGUCGACAUGCAUAAUCUCCUAUGUAGGGAGAACCCCAUCAAAACUACGUUGAUAACAUGAAUUGAAACCAAUUGAG